CAAAGUUUAUCAAGCAAAACAAAACUUGCCUACAAACCAGAAAAUACACCUAAUUAUAAUUCUUUUGAAUUACUAUAAUACUUUACAUACACCGUCAAAAUGAAGUCCUUCAUUGCUGUCUCCGUUGCUCUCCUCGCCGCCUCCGCGGCUGCUAUGCCUGCUCGUCGAGAUACUGACACAGUCACCUUCGCCCUCAGUAAUGAUCAGACCGGUCACCAGGCCUCCGCCACCAUUUGGGCCGAUAAUACUGUCUCAUUGUUUAAUAGCCUCUUCGCUAAUAGCGCUAUCGAUUCUAAUGGCCAGAUCCUGGCCUCUUCUGUCCAGUUAACCGCAUUUCCUCAACAUGUCACCUGCAACAUCAACGAUGCCGAGGGCCAAGUCUUUGCUUCUCUUAGCGAUACAAAAACCUACUUUGAUCUUGAUGGAAACCCUGCCGCUGCUAUCCCGGUUGAUGUCUCUUCCUUCAGUAUCAACUGCGAUGUCUAUUAA